GACUUCACGAGGAGGCGGGGCUAUUCCCCCAGGUGUCUAGGGGGAGUGGAAAGUGCGUGUGUUGGGGGGGGGGGGGGGCGCAGCGGCUGGGGGUGUAUUUAAAGGGAAAAGCUGAAAGAGCUGCUGAGUGAAAGAUUCCAGAGAGCCUAGACUGGGGCACACGCACAGAGAUAGAGAUGCACAUGGACACGGACACAGAUAUGGACACGGACACGGACACAGCAGCCCUCUGCCCUUCUGGCCCUGGGGCUUCCUCCCCAGUGAUAGCAGCACCAGAUGCCACAGUGCCCAACAAGCGAGAUAAGCUACUAGCUGGAUUGGAACGGGCUGGGCUAUCCCCAGCUGGAGGAGCUCCUCGACGAAGAGGCAGCAUGCCAGUGCCCUACAAACACCAAUUGAGACGGGCCCAAGCAGUGGAUGAGUUGGACUGGCCACCCCAAGCCUUAUCCUCUGGCUCCUCUGACUCUCUGGGUUCAGGAGAAGGAGCACCAGCUGGGAGAGGUGGUGUCUUCAAGGUGAUGCUUCUGGGUGAGAGUGGUGUGGGCAAAAGUGCCCUGGCAGGCACUUUUGGAGGACUUCAAGAUGAUACUGCCCACGAGCCUGAGAAUACAGAGGACACCUAUGAAAGACACAUCAUAGUGGAUAAAGAAGAGGUGACAUUGGUGGUGUAUGACAUCUGGGAACAGGGAGAAGCAGGUAGCUGGCUCCGGGAACACUGCCUUCAGACUGGGGAUGCCUUCCUCAUCGUCUUCUCUGUCACGGACCGAAGAAGCUUCUCCAAAGUGCCUGAGACAUUGCUUCGGCUUCGGGCUGGGCGUCCCCACCAUGAUCUACCCAUCAUCUUAGUGGGCAACAAGAGUGACCUUGCUCGUUCCAGGGAAGUCUCACUAGAAGAAGGCCGCCAUCUGGCGGGGAUGCUGAGCUGCAAGCACAUUGAGACGUCGGCUGCGCUGCACCACAACACGCGGGAGCUGUUCGAGGGCGCCGUACGCCAGAUCCGCCUGCGCAGGAGCCGGGCUCGGGCGGCUGCAGCAGCCGCAGCCGAGGGCAAUCCGGAGGGCCCCGACGGCGCUGCGCAGCUGCAGUCACAGCCCCCGCCGCCACCCGCCCGCCGCGAGAGCCUCACCAAGAAGGCCAAACGCUUCCUGGCCAACCUGGUGCCCCGCCAUGCCAAGUUCUUCAAGCAGCGUUCCAAGUCGUGCCACGACCUCUCAGUGCUCUAGAGGAGAGCCCAGUCUGUCGCCAUGGUCACCACGGUUGCCAUGGUCACCACCAACCACUCCACCCUACCCUGAGUCCCUCCCGUCGGUUUCCGUUGAGGAGACCCAUCUAGGAAACCAAAAACUCCCAGGAUUCCUCCGGCCUAACCGAAGCCGGGUACCUGGAGAGGUAGUCCUCGGCCGCCCGUGAGGCAGGGAGAGGGUGUGACGAAUACGGACAUCUCUGCCUCGGGCGCCUGCCCCUUUUAGGGCAUCUUAAAGGCAAGGACAUUGACACGUAGGCCCAGGGGAGGGAAGGAGAGCGAUUUGUUCGCAAUAAUUAUUCCUGUUAUUAUGUUUAAUAUUUGGGGCUGUGCUUGACCACGUUCUCCUUUAGAAGGCUCUUAGAAAGUGAAGCUUGGGAAUACUCUGUUGAGACUCUUUGUAGGAUUUGCCGCCUUUGUGCUCAGAACGACUAGGUCUUUGAGAGAUUCUUAAAGGCAAAGUCCUGAAGACCCUUUUUGAGACUUAACUAGAUACCUUUCAGCCUUGCCCCCUUCAGUUGCGCUUGAUACACUUCUCCUUUAAGAGGUUCUUAAAGGCAAAGAUCUGGACGUGCUAUUUUGCGACUUCCUUUCAGGAUUUUCAGAUUUGCCUGCUGCACCUGAGCACCUCCCCUUUAAGAUUCUUAAAGGUAAGAACUGGCAGCAUUCGGCAGAUUACUGGUGUUUCUUAAGCAGGGUGCUUUUCUCCUGGUCUUUGCGCCCCCGUGGCACUAGCCAGGUCGCCCCGCUCCCUUUGAAAUAAAGAGUUUUUGUACAACA